UCCUCCUCCUCCUCCAGCUCCAGCUCCAGCUCCAGCCAUGGGUGACAAGGAGUUCGUGUGGGCCAUCAAGAACGGAGACCUGGAUGCAGUGAAAGAAUUCGUACUUGGGGGCGAGGAUGUGAACCGGACGCUGGAUGGUGGAAGGAAACCUAUGCACUACGCUGCCGACUGCGGGCAGGAUGAGGUCCUGGAGUUUCUUCUCUCGAAAGGAGCCAACAUCAAUGCUGCGGAUAAACAUGGCAUCACCCCCCUACUAUCUGCCUGCUACGAGGGCCAUCGCAAAUGUGUCGAGUUGCUUUUAUCUAAGGGAGCCGACAAGACGGUGAAGGGCCCAGACGGACUCAAUGCUUUGGAAUCUACAGACAACCAGGCUAUCAAAGAUUUGCUCCAUUAAUGGCCUGCCGAGUGGCCUCUGAUUUGCCUCUUGUGUGGCCUCUCGCUGCUGCCUGUCUCUCUCUCUCUGUCUCUUCAUCUCCCCGUCUCUUCUCACAGUCGUAGGCUAAAAUCCUCGAGCCCUGUCUCUUCCUUUCCUGGAGUCCAUUCCGUGCCUGAAUAGAGCCAACUGAUUGGACUACAGGGAACUGAGAACCUCUUGCUUUAUCCUGCAGAAGAUAUUCUUAGGGCCCCCCUUGUAAUGCCUUUAGGGGCCAAUAGCAGAGAUUCUCAAUUCUAAUUAUGGCAUUUUUAUAGCACCCCCUUUCUAAAAAGCAUUAGCCUCUAGCUCCCCCUGACAGCAGGAGGGCCACAUAACCACCUUUUCUAUUAUAAAGGGUUAAUCGCCUCUACCCACCCCUCUUCCUUCCCCACUUAUUCUCCUCUUUUGAGCAUUUUUGGGGUUAAACUGCCCCAGCGGUUGCCUAUCGAUCCACCGGAUCCUUUAUGCACUUAAGCCGAUUGCACUUACCCUUUAAAGCGAACGUCAUUGGCCAAGGUCGGCGGUAAGGGGCAACGGUCGGCAUUUAAAGCCCCCUCAUCUUUACCUCGGAUCCCCCGUAGGCUUUAAACACAGUCUGGCUUUGAAAAUAUCAUUGAAUAAGGAUAUGGGGAGGGGCUUAACAAGGACAUUUCUGGGGAUCACUGACAAUCUGCUUUUUUUCCCCAUUGAUUCUAAUUUAGGGGUAACGAUCGCACGUAACAAGCGCCUAGUUGCUCUUUUUUUGGGGGGGGGGGCAGAUCCUCAGUUUGUUUAAUGCAUGAUAAUCCGGGGGGGGGGGGGGGGUUCUGCCUUUUAUUUCUGCAUUUGUCUUGCUUUGAGGUAUUGAAUGUAACUUACAGGGAGCCUUUGGGGGCUCCGGGGGGGCCGGCUGGUGUUUGUUUGGCCUCACCUAGAGCCGGCGAGGGGAACCCAGCGGCCUUACCGUUAUAUUUUUUUAAUAGGCUUCGUUAAAAUCGCCAGAUGCUCUCUUGCAAUUGGUUAAUUUGAACCCCCCCCCCCCCGCCACAUUCGCAUUCAUGUCCGUAUCAAGGAGGCUGAAUUAAAUUUGAAC